UGCAACUAAUCACAUUGAGUGAAAACGUGGCAAAAAUCUAGAGCUUAAUAUGCUAAAGAAAGUGCAUAUAGAAAGCUUACUUCUUUGUGUCUUCAUACCUUCAAGAACUUCUCUUCGAUCCAUUGCAUUAUUCAUGGCUAGCUUGAGCUUCUUUGUUGGCAUCAUUGGUAAUAUAAUUUCUUUACUGCUUUUUGUUUCUCCAAUAAAGACCUUCUGGGGAGUGGUGAAGAAGAAAUCAACAGAGAAUUACAAAGGGGUUCCAUACAUAACCACACUGCUGAGCACAAGUUUAUGGACAUUCUAUGGACUUAUCAAGCCAGAUAUUCUUGUUGUAUCAGUGAAUGGAGUUGGAGCCAUCUCCCAAUUCAUUUAUGUCACACUAUUUCUCAUUUAUGCCCCCAAGGAUACGAAGGUUACGAUGGCAAAGUUAGCGGCCAUUUUGAAUGUUGGUUUUCUUGGAGCAGUAAUUGUGGUUGCUCUUCUAGCAAUUCAUGGAAAUCUGCGAAUUACCAUCGUUGGAAUUUUAUGUGCUGCAUUAACAAUCGGCAUGUAUGCAGCUCCAUUAUCAGCCAUGAGAAGAGUAAUAAAGACCAAGAGCGUGGAGUACAUGCCAUUUUUGCUCUCUUUUUUCCUGUUCCUCAAUGGAGGUGUUUGGUCAGCUUAUGCAGUGCUUGUCAAAGACUUCUACAUUGGAGUGCCUAAUGCAGUUGGUUUUGUAUUGGGGUCAGCUCAAUUAAUCCUAUAUUUAAUUUACAAGAACAAGUCAGCAUCAGCCAAAGCAAUGAAGGCGAUAGAAGAAGAUGGCUCGGUACACAGAAAUAAGGACGACGAAGAUGACGGUGACGACGAGGGCAACUUGAAGAACAGAAGUCUCAGUAAGGGAAACAGCCUGCCAAAGCCAUCGGUUAAUAGAGAACACAGCUUACAAAAGAUCACGAAGACACUCUCUUCGAGUAAUUACGAGUUGCAAUGUUCAAGUUGGGCUAAUGAGGCUGGUAUUGAGAAUGGGAAACUUGACAACCCUUGA